AUGUUGUGCCCCAGGCCUAGCAGAUUUUUUGUCUUCUCUCUCCAGACCGUCCCCUUCUACAUAUUUUCUGAAUCUUAUGGAGGUAAAAUGGCUGCUGGCAUCGCUUUAGCGUUGCACGAGGCCGUUCAAAAGGGGAGCAUAAAGUGCAAUUUUGCUGGGGUUGCUCUUGGAGACUCAUGGAUUUCUCCUCUAGAUUCUGUGCUGUCUUGGGGACCCUACCUUUAUAGCACUUCUCUCCUUGAUGAUCAAGGUCUGGCAGAGGUGACUGCUGUUGCCAAAGAAGUAAUGGAUGCAAUAAACAAAAAUCAAUAUGGACUGGCCACUGAGCUCUGGAGCAAGGCCGAAGGUGUCAUUGAAGAGAACACAGACAAUGUGAACUUUUAUAACAUCAUGACUAAGGAUGUUCCAGAAAUGAAAGCAAAUGAACAAGAAAAUCUCCAUCUCAUUAGACUUUAUCAACGUCAUGUCAAAAAUACACACAAGAACAGCCUAAACGAUUUGAUGAAUGGACCUAUCAGAAAGAAGCUAAAAGUUAUUCCAGACUGUGUGAAAUGGGGAGGACAGUCCAAACAAGUCUUCAUGAACAUGGCCGAGGACUUCAUGAGACCCGUCAUUGAUAUUGUUGAUCAGCUUUUGGCGGCUAACGUCAACGUUACAGUCUAUAAUGGGCAGCUGGAUCUCAUUGUGGACACCAUGGGCCAGGAAGCCUGGAUCCGGAAACUGAAGUGGCCUAAUCUGGAGAAGUUCAGCCAGCAAAGGUGGAAGCCUCUCUACGUGUCUCCAGAGUCCACCGAGACAGCAGCUUUCCACAAGGCCUAUGAGAACUUUGCUUUCUUCUGGAUUCUUAAGGCUGGGCACAUGGUACCAUCUGAUCAAGGAGAGAUGGCGCUGAAAAUGGUCAGGAUGGUGACCCAACAGAAGCACUAGGGAAGGGGAGUGCAGCUCGAUUGGCUUCUUGCUGAAUGUCACUGAUUCUGCAAAAUGAGUGUCCAGAAUGAAUCAGGAGGAACAGUUGCUAUUUGGACAUGUAUCCUCCCUGGUCUUGCUGAUAGCGCGUGUGAGCAUUUAUGGAAAGGCCUAUUUCCUCUUGAAUGAUUUGUUGAUUUGUUGCUUUUGAAUUUGAGAGCUGUGGUUUGCUACCUUAGUAUUUCUCAUAAUGACUCUUCCGGUGGAGUCUCCACUGUCAUAAACAACUUGCUCUGAGAGCCUUUGC